AUGGCGAGAUAUGAAGUGUACAAUUCCCGAUGUAACAGUUGUGCCACAAAGCUGACAUUUAUCACAAAUUUAAAGGAUUCGUCACCCAACCAGUCCAAGGACAAGUUGGACAUACUUGUCGGAGCAGCGAUGAUUCUGUGCCAGCUGGCAUUUGUUGGCUGUACAAACUUGUACCAGAGAGAAACUAGACAGGUUCUGAAGGAGCUUCUUUCUCUACCAUACUUACCAGCUGAUCAGAAAGUACCAGUAUUCCAAGCCAUGCGUGAACGCAAUGAUGUUGAGAGGUUGGAAGAGUUAUUCAAGUACAUGUCAGACACUUGGAUAAAUAACCCUACCUAUCCAGUUGAAGCGUGGUCGGCAUAUGGACGAGCGGUUAGAACUAACAACGACUGCGAGGGGUGGCACCAUCGACUAAACGGACGGGCAGGUGGAAAGGCCUUGGGCGUCUACGGGCUGGUGGUACUACUCCACAGAGAGGCAGCGGUUGUUCACCUCACAGUUCGACUCAUCAACCUGAAGAGGCUCACGAAACGACAGAAGAAGAGGGCAGCCACAGCGCAAGGACGUGUUUUCAUCCUGUGGGAGCAGCACAGGGAAGGGCUGAAGUCUCCAGAGGAGCUACUGAGGGCAUGUUCCCACAUUCAUGGAAAUGUUGUAGCAUGAGAUUGAUUGUGUUAAACAAACCAUAAGUGUUGGUAUCAUUUGGGGUUAUUACCACAUUGCUGAUAUGUAAUAAAACCUAUUUCAUUUGUUGUAUUUUGCAUUAACUUAGGUCAGGAUAGUACUGAGAAUGAUCUUCAAAUGUAGAAUUUAAACGUUUAAAUGAAAGGCAUAUUGCUUUUACCUUUGAGAACACAAUUUCAGAUUUAAAACUGAACAACAAAAAACUGUUCAGAACCAUUGGUAUGCUUUUCAUUACCAAUCCAUGUUUCAGUAAAAAAAAAAAAUAAUAAUAAAUUUAGGCUAUUAUAGAACCCAAAAGACUACAGAAGAUUUUAAAUUGAGAAUAUUUGUUCAAAUUGGGUCAAAACAAAUAUGAUUUUCCUGGAUUUUCAUUGAGAAUAAUAUACAUUCUCAGUCCAUUUCCUUUGCAGCAUUUUUGAUAAAAAGUGUAAACCCAUAAACUCCAUUAUUGUGCAGAAUAUUUAUUUAUUUAUAAAGAAUAUUUUUCACAUAUUUUUGUGUUUUAAUCUUUAUAUAUAAAUCUGAAUGCAAUAUUAUUCAAAAUUAAUAAGUGAGUUUCCCUCAUUUGCUUUAACAGCUCUUCUUACUGAGAAAAUACUGUAUGUAUUCAAUAUUGUACAUAAUGACCAUGUAUAUAAUUCUUAAUGUUGUAAUAGCUUCAAAAUUAUUCGAUGUAAAUAUUAAAAAAAAGGAAUUUAGGUGUUUUGAUUUUAUUCAUUAGAAUUUACAUAGCAAGCUCUUCUCACUAAGCAAAUACUGUAAAUGUAUAUAAUAUUGUACAUAAUGACCAUGUAUAUAGUUCUUAAUGAGACAGUGUGUAAUAACUUCAAAAUCAUUUGAUGUAAAUAUUUAAAAAAUUAUAUGUUGAAUACGACAUACUCUUGUUUAUUUGUGUGGUCAUUUGAAUAAGAGUGUGAAAUGUAUAGAGGAUGAUAAUUCUGUUACAUGUACAAUGAGUUUAAAAAGAUACCCUGGGGAUAAGGAGAAUGGAAAAAAAAUAGACCAAGAUGGAAAUAAAGAGAGAGGGGAAAAAAAGAGUGAGGGAGGAGGAAGACAAUUGUCGGACCAAAUAUGUUUAUCAUAUAGAAAAAAAAUGCAAGUAUAAUUGAUCAGAGGCAGUUAUACAGUUAAAACACAUAAUGGGCAACCAUCUCUUAUCCUACAUUUUCACAGUAAAUAUCUCACUGUAGGUUUAUCAUUCAAUGUGUACGAUAUAUUACAGAUGAAUAUAAAUAAUGUAUUCAUA